AAACAGACCACGGGCAUCGUCGGGCUCGACGUGCUCGACGACGCGAAGGCGACGUACGAGGCGAUCUGCGAGGAGGUUUUGCGCGAGGUCGAGGUCGGGAUCCCGAGCGAUGCGGGGUAUCGCGAGGCGGUGACGAAGCUGUACGCCGAACGGUUGGCCAAGGUGAGGGCGGGAGGGAGCGUGAGGGAGAUCGAGGACGCGAUCGGGGAGGGGCAAAUCGAGGAGAUGUACGAGGCGGCGAAGGACGAGUUGGCGCUGAUCCCGAAGAUGCGCGCGUGGAAGCCGUGGGAU